GCUCAGAGUCGGCCCCGCGCCGUGCAGCCUGCUCGCGCCUGCGAUUUUGACGCUGCUGAACGUCGGACAGGACCAUGGUCGUCCUUGCCCAUGACGUUUACACUGACCAAUCCGGGACUGGGCCAUAUAUAAUAUUUCCUACCCAUGGCCAUCAAAUCCUGAGCAAUUGCAUUCACAUGUUUGGUGUCUCAAUACUCGCAUACUGUUUCGCGCGUCGGACGGAGAAUGACCGCUUUACGUCCUGGUUGUGGUGGUCGAAUCUAUCAUGGGCGCGUCUCCUGAUCAUUCUCAUCUUCUUCGAUUCGUGGUUUUUCCUUGCAGUCUCCGGCGUUCUUGUCAAUGGUGUCGGACUGUCACUGUCUGUGCCAGUAUGCUCCCUCGGCAUUUUCCUGUGCAUAUUCUUCUACGCGGGUAGCAAGGGUCUCAUAUACCUCUUUCUAGUUGAGCGAGUGUGGGUCGUCGCUUCCGCCGGGAAGUCUGUCACUCGCAUGGAGUCCAAGGUCUACAAGGGCUGCGCUGUCGUCGUGUUCGGGUACCUGGGGAUCGUCAUCGUUAUGAUCCUCGGUCGGUACGCAGACAUCCGCGACGACGGCGUUUGCAUCAUUGGUCUGCACAGCUUCGCAACGAUUCCGCUACUCACGUAUGACCUGAUCAUCAAUAUUUUGCUCACUGGCAUGUUCGUCUGGUUCCUGUACCGCGAACAAUCAAUCAGCGAGCGACUACGUCGACUUGCGCGUCGCACCGGACUAGCAGCUUUGAUCGCACUCACCACAUCAUGUGUCAAUAUGCUCGUGCUCUCACUUCUGCAUGGUAAACAGCUCGGCUGGGUCUGUCUCAGCUCGUGUGCAGCGGACGUGAUGGUCAACGCUCUAGUUCUGUUCUGGGUUACUGGCGGUGCCUCGCGGGAUCCAUAUUGGCAUGGUGCGUGGGAGAAUAAUAAGGACGGUGCAUUGUUCGCGGACCCACAAGAAUUACCGCCGUUGAACUUCCCGGUGUCGUUCGUCGCGGACCCAGAGCUUGGGCUUGGUCAGUCUUUAGCUCGGCAAGCUUCGCAACCGCACUCGCGUACUGUGGAGAGGGCUGCGCAGACUCGACUUGUUGUUGACCUUGGAAAGGCACCGAAUCGUAAAGCAUCGCGUGAGAGUACGACCGUGAAUACACGUUCUAGGCGAAAGGAAGGUACCGGUGAUAUAAAUAAUCAUAAUACUAAUAGCAACGACGAGGAUGAGGACGACAAAUCGGUUCUCGAGUGGGACAUCACCGAGUCUGCGUCGGGCAUUACACAUGUCGACAUGGACGAGAAGGACAUGACAACGGACAAGAAUACCGACGUACACCCCUUACGCCUGACACUCGACCUCGAACCUCCACCAUCGCUUUUCCCCGAGCAUUCCGAGCCCGACUCACCUGCAACGCAUGAGACUGCUAGUAGUAGUGCUCGACUUACUACAACUUCCUCUUCAACACACCACCAACACCGAUAUCAAUAUCAAUAUCAUAAACACCCUUAUCAUCCACAUCUUCAGAAAUCAACAAAGCAUCGUCGAAGACACUGGCACGCGCGUCCGCGAAGAGCAGUUGCGCGAUCACGGUCGCGGUCGCGUCCACGAACUGCUUCUUCGCCUCCUGCUUCUCCUUUUCGCAGUACACCUCCUCCACUUCCGCUUCCUGUCCCGUCCCCAUCACCCGUUCAAUUACAAAGACUUAACUCAGUAACGACUUCAUUAUCUUCUCAACCCCUUGCAGAUUUACCUCCUCUACCUACACGAACAUUAAUACCUACAUCUUCAUUGCCUACUACCGCACCCCUUCCUUUACCAGUAACUCACCCUCCAAACGCACGGACACAAACCCCGCGUACCCGCAUCUCCUUGCGCACUUACUCAGACUCAUUCAUUCGUACAUCCGAUUUGAGUACACAUCCCAGCAGCAAUGUAAGGAUGUCGCAAUAACGAGCGAACAAUGUACUGUCUCCCUCUUUUUCUCACUUUUCCCGCUUUGUUCCCAACAACAACGCACUUUCCACCCAAACACACACC